CGCGUCGGGUUGACUAUCCGGUCCCACCCUGACUCUCACCUUCGGCCCACCCCAUUGUCAACUGAGCACCGAUCAGGUACCACCUCACCAAACAUUGACUCCCAUCGAUUGAACACAACCAACCGAAUUCCACGGAGGUAACUGCUCCCAAACCCUAGCCAAUCUCACCUACUUCCAACACCAUCCUCUCGGCCGGCCAAUACGAAAUAUACUGCUCUGUCUCUCCUGACAGCAAACUCGGCCGAUGCUACGCAUUGCAACCUGGGCUGGAUGCCCUAGAUGGAGACUGUCUGCUAGACUUCCCUCGGCUCUGCAAAGAUCAGCUUCAACUCGAUCGGUGAGACAGAAUUCGAAGCCUUCUCAACAAAUGAAACAGGCCAAAACUUACUCUCCUCGCCGCGCUAACCCGACCCCGUCUUCAACUCCAGCCCCUGCUCUCGAAACUGCCGAUAUUAUAUUCAAGGCCAGGAAGAUACCAUUGCUUGCAUCCGGUGUUGUGGCUUUGGGCCUGGGCAUAUACAUAAGCCUCCUGGUCUCCUCACUCUAUUCGUCGCCCUGCUGCCAAGGCUCGGAAUCAGGCCCAGAUACUGUUCCCAAAGGGCGCCCCAGCAAUGUCUUUACCAAGGAGUCGGCUCGGAAAUUCGAUCAGAGUCUCGAUGGCUCUGAGUGGUUGAUGGGUGUCACUGCUUUGCGGCGCAAACUGGCUGCAGAGGCUUCGGGACAUGUGCUCGAGGUCGCAAUCGGCACCGGUCGAAACUUGUCAUAUUACGACUGGAGCACCAUCCUUCAACCCGAAUCACCAUCUGCAUCGUCGACCGGACUCCAACAUGCAAAAGCAGCUAAAGCCGUAGACCGCUCUGUUACUGUUGCGGCGGCACCGAUUCUCUCGUAUACUGGAGUUGACAUAUCGGGCGAGAUGCUGGGCGUCGCCAUAGACAAGCUUGCGCAAGUGGUUCCCCAACUGGCAGGUGUUGAGUCUCAAGCCCAACAACAGUCCCUAACUGCACAGAGCCACUGGGGAGUAUACUCCUAUCUAUCGAACAAGUUGAGGGUUUUCCAGUCUGACAUACACGUUUUUAUUCCUCCGCCACCGGAGCAAAUCUCGACGUCAUCAAAGUAUGACUUUGUCUGCUCAACAUUCUCGCUGUGUAGUGUUCGCGACCCCAAACAAGUGAUUCGGGACCUAGCCAACAUGGUGAAGCCGGAUACUGGCAGAAUUAUCCUCGUCGAGCAUGGCCGAGGGUGGUGGGGUUUCGUCAACGGUUUGCUAGACAGGUCGGCAGCUUCACACUUCAAGAAGUACGGGUGCUGGUGGAAUCGAGAUAUCGCUCAUAUCAUCGAAAGUGCAGCUGAGUCGCUGCCCGGGCUCGAAGUAGUCAAACUCGAUCGCCCAUACAUUACUCAACUCGGAACUACCUUGUGGGUUGAAUUGAGAGUGUCGCACACAUCUUAACGACUGGGCUGGUUUUGGGAAGCUUGUAUCUCUUCUACUUCCCAUCCUUGUCGUUAGGAGGAGGGGGCAAUGGACAGAGGGGAGUCACGAAUCUUCAAGUGGUCAAGUGGUCGACGACGUCCCCUAAAGGUGUGAGGACAGGAGAGGUCUGUUUAUUUCAUUUCAGUCAUACAUACCCCAAACCCUCUUCCGCUCCGAGCCCAGCCCACCAACCCGAACGCCAAAGCUUUCAUAGACACCCGACGGAUGAGCCUGUUGUACAAUAUUGAUGAUGCAUGGCGUCCGCUCAGCCUUUGCUCCUGUGCCUGAGAGCCAAAAUGGCUCGCCAAAGAGUUAAAGGAAUCAUCACAUACCCCUGUUCUCGUUCUUUUCCAUUUGCGUAAUCGACCACUUUCAAUCUUUCGUUUUGAAUCCAUUCAGCGCAGAAACAAGGUGUUUCGACAAAUUUCUCGAGUCUGCGACAUCCUCUGCGGACAAUUGGCUGGCGUUGUGAGACGCGACGUGGAACAGUUCUCAGCUUCACGUUACACAUCACGGCCAUCAACAAGAGUCCAGCAAACAGUCAAGCUCAUCGAGUUCAAUGUUCUCGGGGCAAUGAUCCCACUCUAGUAGGCUCCCCAACUUGAACCAGCUUUCGCCAUCGUUCUCUUUUCGGGCGCUCGAAGGCACCGAUGCCUUGAUAACUGGGCUGGUAAUGAAUUGAUGCGUGGGAAUAGUCCCGUUGCCGACUGCUGCGCCGUGUUUCUCGUCAAACAUGCCAUCGUCCCGUGCCGAUUCAUAGGCAUUGGUAGAGUGCUCAACGCUGCCUGUUAACGAAAGCUCACGGGCCAGCUUGCGCUUCUGGAGCCCAUCGGCUGUCUGUGUAAACUCGCGCUCAUCCUUUUCCAAGGGAGGCGACGCACUUCGGUGGCUUCUCGAGUACCGGAGGCUACUAGGUAGUGAUCCAACCGGUGUAGUGGGCAUGGCAAAGUCAUCGUCACCUUCGUCGAGUUCGUGAGAGGACAAGUCGACCUCGGGAGACGGGCUCAAUUCUCGGCGGCGAAGGUCGGCAUCGUCGCCAUCCUCAGAGCCUGAUGAGAUACUUGAGAGCGAUGGGGAUAUGACAGCCCUCUGGAUGUACGCAGGAGAGUCCGGGAAGGGCUUUCUUGGACUCGUUGUAAGGUAGAAAUAUGUCCGGCGCGGAUGUACCGUCUCCUGUUCCUUGCCCAGCGGGCAUGGUGCCAGAGCCCUCCAGCAAGAGCGCUUCAGGUACGCGGUGAGGCGGGAAGAGAUGAUGGCACAAGGAUUCGCGGAGCUUUAUAGAAAGUUAGCAUGUCGGCCAGAGCGAAAGGGGUUGUAUGGGACGAUAUUACUUCUUCACAAUAGGAACUUGUUGCGACAGGACGGUGGCCAGUUCCCUGACCAAAUGAGGACGAUUACAAGUCAUCUGUAAUUGGAUAAUGACAGCCUCGACAACCUCGUCGUUGACUCCAUCGAGAUCUAUUUGCUUCAAGGCCAAGCCGUCGCUAGUGGCAUCUUGCAUCUCAAUAUUUUCCGGGGGCGGUGAUGGCGGCGGCGUGUGGUCUAGCAUGACCUGUUCGUCUGGGCGCUUGUGUGAUGCAUGUCUGUGCCGCGUUCCAUCAUCCCCGAGGGACCGUUUCUGUCUCUUAUUCGGAUACGACGCUGGUAUGAUUGUAAUGCGGCUUCCCGGGUUCUCGGAAACGGUUCGAUUCGGGGUGACCAC